AUGCGCUGGGCGCUACCUGGAAGCCGAGCGCUUGAUCAGGAAAGUGCUUCUUGCCACGGCGGCUGCAUUUUAUCCAAGUACUACCUUCCCAGCGCAGAUGACGUCGCUGACCAUCACUGGUGUGUCCAUGUGUUUGUGUUGCAUCUUCCACCCAUAUCGCCAACAACUUUGGAAUUGGAGCGUGAGACAUGGAUUGCAAGCAGCGCAAGGAUUUCCACAGACAUAGGCAAUUCUCCUGGCUCAAGAGUGGCGCGUCAUGCUGAUGCGCCGUGGUGCAUUGAUGGUCUGACGACUGCUGAGCUGCGACAGGUCGAUAUGACCAACGCUUUGCUGUUUGCCGCGCUGUUGUUGGCGCUAGCUUGCCUGUUUGCAGGGGUUCGAUUUGUCUUGGAGCACGCAAGUGUGCCAAACACUCCUGAUCUGCCAAGCAUAUGGACAACAUGGCCGGUGCAGUGGCUUCUUAGUCGAGACGUGCCUGAAACUCUGAUGGCGUUCAUUUCAGAUCUGGAUGCAGCCCAAAAGGCUGCAGAAGUUGCAAGAAUUGGCGCUGCUGAUGACAACUGCGUUGCGAUCGCGGUGGCUUCUGCAGUGAUUUCGAAUGAGGAGCAAUGGAACAAGACAGAGAUUGGACAGAUGUCAAUGAUGGUUACCCUUGGUGUCAUCGUCACGGCCGUAUUCCGCUUGGCUUUGAGAGCUUGCCAAUGUCUAGAAAACCUGAGGCUCAGCCAUGAUGAAGAUCGCGGCCAGCUGAAGCCGUUGGACCCACGCUGA